GGCCUGGUGCACCAGCUGUGAGGAGGCAGCUAGGAGCAGAGAGUAAAACAAAUCAGACCCUUCCAAGCUAAACUUUAGUUCUGCACGCGCUUCUUUUGCAAAACUUGCUUCGUUAACUUGCUUCGUUUUUUUUCUUCUUAACCUUGAAGUUCUUACUUUUCUACAAAAUGACCGGUGGCCCGCUGACAGGGUUGCUGGUUGCGCUGUGCGUCAGCAGCGCAGUCCACGGAUUGCCAAAAAAGAGCAAAAGACAAUCCGGCCAAUAUCAGGUGUAUCCAGAGUUCCGGGAAGCAGCCGCCGUUACUACAGUCGGCUGUGAGGAGAAUGGUCGCUCAUACAGACUGAACGAGCAGUGGGACAAACCCUACCUCGGCAGUACCCUGGUGUGCACCUGCAAUGGAGCAGCAGGCAUCAAGUGUAAAUCUAAACCUGCAGUGGAGGAGUCCUGUUAUGAUAAGUACAAUGACCAGUCUUACCGGGUGGGUGAAACCUACGAGAGGUCAAAGGAUGCGAUGAUAUGGGACUGUACCUGUAUCGGUUCUGGACGUGGAAAGAUCAGCUGUACCAUUGCAAAUCGAUGCCAUGAAGGUGGGAGCUCUUAUAAAAUCGGGGACACUUGGAAGAGGCCUCACGAGACGGCUGACCACAUGCUGGAGUGUGUGUGUCUUGGAAACGGAAAAGGAGAGUGGACCUGCAAACCUGUGGCCGAGCGCUGCUACGACAACAACGUGGCAUUAUCAUACGUCGUGGGGGAGACCUGGGAGAAGCCGUACCAAGGCUGGAUGAUGCUCGACUGCGCCUGUCUAGGAGAGGGAAAUGGACGCAUCACAUGCACCUCAAGGAACCGUUGCAACGACCAGGAAACCAAGACGUCCUACCGUAUCGGAGACUCAUGGAAAAAAGCGGACGCAAGUGGACACACCCUGCAGUGUCAGUGCUUAGGAAAUGGUCGCGGAGAGUGGAAGUGUGAGAGACACAACGCAGUCCGAACCUCAGCUGCUGUCGUGUUGACCCCCGACCAUUCGUUGACUCUGCAGCAGCCUGAGCCCCCCAUUGAGGGGACGUGCCGCACCGACUCAGGAGCCGCCUACUUCGAUGGACAGCGCUGGUUCAGAAGCCAGGGCAACACGCAGAUGCUCUGCACCUGUCUGGGCAAUGGAGUGAGCUGCCAGGAGUGGGAGUCCAGGAAGCAGGAAUACGGUGGGAACUCUGACGGCCAGCCAUGUGUGUUCCCGUUUGUGUUCAUGGGAAGGACCUUCUAUUCCUGCACCUCAGACGGACGCACGGAUGGACAGCUCUGGUGCUCGACAACCUCAGACUAUGAGAAAGACCAGCAGUACUCUUUCUGUACUGAGAAGAAUGCCGUUGUGGGAACCCGAGGUGGAAACUCCCAUGGUGCCUUGUGCCACUUCCCCUUCCUCUAUAGCGGCCGCAACUACACCGACUGCACCUCUGACGGGCGACGUGAUAGCAUGAGGUGGUGUGGCACCACCCACGACUACGACACAGAGCAGCGCUUUGGAUUCUGCCCCAUGGCCGCCCAUGAGGAAUUAUGUACCACCAACGAUGGAGCCAUGCACCGUGUAGGCGACAAGUGGGACAAACGCCAUGAUGUCAUGGGUCACAUGAUGGAGUGCACAUGCGUGGGCAAUGGCCGCGGGGAGUGGAGCUGUGUCGCUCACUCACAGCUGAGAGAUCAGUGUAUUGUUGAUGGCCUGAACUAUGAUAUAAACCAGGAUUUCUCCAAGCGCCACGACGAGGGCUACAUGAUGAACUGCACCUGCUAUGGACAGGGACGUGGUCGCUGGAAGUGUGAUGCUCUCGAUCAGUGCCAGGAGCCACAAACCAGGACCUUUCACCAGAUCGGAGACACAUGGGAGAAAUCCAUCCAUGGCAUCAACUACCGCUGUUAUUGCUAUGGCAACGGGGUUGGAGAGUUGAGAUGUGAACCCCAGCAGACAAGGCAAGAUGGCCACAGACCUGUGCAGGUGAUCAUCACAGAGGCAGGAAAACAGCCAGACUCCCAUCCCAUUCAGUGGAACGCACCUUCAUCUGUGCAAAUUACCAAGUACAUCCUCAAAUGGAGAAUUAAACAAACCAAUUCACCCUGGAAAGAGGUCAACGUCCCCGGCCACCUUCAAUCGUACACCAUCAGCGGGCUGCGUCCAGGCAUCACUUACGAGGGUCAGCUGAUCAGCAUCCUGCGCUACGGAAGCCGCGAGGUCACGCGCUUUGAUUUCACCACCACCCACGGUUCCUUGGAAACAUCGGAGGGAGAGACGACCGCACCUCCUGCAGUGGUGGACACUUCUGAGUCCGUGACAGAAAUCACCUCCAACAGCUUCGUUGUGUCCUGGACAUCAGCGUCUGCCACCAUCUCUGGCUUCCGGGUGGAGUACGAGCUCAGUGAGGAUGGGGCCAAGCCCAAAGUCCUUGAUGUUCCUCGCACGACCUCCUCUCUCACCAUUGGUGACCUCCUGCCAGGACGCAGAUACAACGUCAACGUCUACGAGCUCCCGAAUCAGGGACAGCCAAACCUUAUCCUGACGACCUCCCAGACUACAGCUCCUGACUCCCCAGCUCAGCAUGUGGUCGAUGAGGUGAGAGAGUCCUCCAUCCGAAUCAGCUGGACGAGGCCUCAGGCUCCUAUCACCGGUUACCGUGUGGUGUACACUCCAUCUCUGGAAGGCAGCAGCACUGAGCUGAAUUUACCCGACUCCGAGACCUCCGUGACCCUGGCUGACCUUCUCCCCGGUCACCUCUACAACAUCAGCAUCUACGCCGUGGAGGAGGACCAGGAGAGUGAGCCUGUUUUCGUACAGGUCAACACCGCUGGAUCCCCUCUCCCAGAGGAGGUCCCGGCUCCCACAGACCUGACGUUCUACGAGGUUUCAGACAUGAAGAUCAGCAUCACCUGGACCGGUCCACCCAGCGAGGUGACCGGUUACAGGGUCCACUUCACCCCCGUUGCUCCCGAUGGCUCUGAGACGAGGGUCCUGCAGUUGCCUCCUUCACCCAACGCAUAUGCCGAUAUAACCCAUCUCCAGCCAGGAACAGUGUACCGCUUCUACAUCUACGCCAUGAAUGGUGGAUCGGAGAGCCAGCCUCUUGUGGCAGAAAAGUCUACCAAACCUGAUUCGCCCACCGAUGUGCGUUUUACUGACAUCAGGCCCGAUAGUGCCGUGGCCAUCUGGGGGGCUCCCCGUGCCAUCGUCAGUGGUUACCGCCUCUACCUGAGCAUUGAAGGAUCCAGCCCCAUAGAGAAGAGGAUCCCUGGCAGGGUCACCCAGUUCCCUUUGAAGAACUUACGCCCAGAAACCCAGUACACUGCCACCCUGCACUCUGAGCUGGACAAUGACCUCAGCGAGGGCGUCACUACUUUUUUUACCACCGCUCCCCAGAUGGGAAAUAACCCUGCUUUCAGCACUGAGGUCACUGAUACCUCUAUCAUCGUGACCUGGAUACCUGUCCGCAGGUUUAGCUACAAGCUGUCUGUGCUCCCCAGUGUGGAAGGCGAGUCUCCCAGAGAAGAGACCUCUGAAACUGGAAGUGUUUAUAUUCCCGGGCUGAUCCCUGGAAAUCAGUACAUCUACAGCGUUCAGCCCAUCUUCAACGGACGCAACCGUGGAAAACCUAUUACCCGCACCGUUGUGACUUCCCUGUCUUCCCCCACUGAACUCAGAGUACAGUCCAACUCAAUCACAGGAGAUCUCAUCGUCUACUGGGUAGCUUCCAAAACCCCAGGCAUCACAGGAUACAGAGUGACGAGCACACCUACCGACGGCCAGCGAGGAAACACCCUGGAAGAGUUACUCCGAGCUGAUCAAACCUCAUUUAUGCUGGAGAGUCUGAAUCCGGGUACUGAGUACAACAUCAGUGUCUUCAGUACCAAGGGCCAUUUGGAAAGUGUGCCUAUCUCCACAAUUGUCACACCAGCCAUUCCAGCUCCCACCAACCUGCAAUUUACAGGGGUUGGUCCUGACAACAUUAGGGUGACAUGGACAGUUCCCCAUGCUGCCACAGCCAGCGACAUCUCUCGGUUCAUCAUCCGUUACCACCCUGUAGCCACAGACGAUGACAUCAAGGAGGUUAAUGUUGGCGGAGCCACCAACACCUUCCUUCUGGAGAACCUGCUGCCCAACACUGAGUACAGUAUCAGUGUUGUAUGUGUGUACGGGGAGCGACUGAGUGAACCAGCCACAGGAACUCAGAGGACAACUGUGGACUCCCCUACUGGCUUGGACUUCUCAAACAUUGGCACCAACUCCUUCACCGUUCACUGGCUGGCUCCGACCGCUAGUAUCACAGGUUACCGCAUCCGCUAUUCAAAAACGAGUGGUGGGCGGCCGAAAGACGAGAAGCUUCCCCCGACCAGGAACUUCUUCACUUUGACUGCAUUGACACCAGAGACAGAAUAUCUGGUAUAUGUGUAUGCUGUCACCCACGAUCAGGAAAGUCAGCCUCUGACUGGCACACAGGCCACCAUCUCAGAUGCUCCAACAGAGCUGGAGGUAACAUCAUCCACCCCGUCCACCAUCACUAUCCGCUGGGAGGCCCCCUCUGUCUCUGUGAAGAACUACAAGAUCAGCUAUGAAAGCACAAGUGGCGAGGCUCCCCAAGAGUUUAUAAUCCCCGGCACUCAGACUACUGCCACCAUCACCCGUCUGUCACCAGGCACUGACUACACCAUCACGGUCUUUGCUGUUACAGGAAGGGGGGACAGCCCCUCCUCCAGCACCCCGGUCUCCAUCAUGCACAAGACUGAUACCGAGCCCCCCACUAACAUGAGACUGACAGAAGUGACUGACAACGCCCUCACAGUGCGCUGGUCUCCUGCUCAGGGACCAAUCAAAGGCUACAGAGUCACUAGUGUCCCCAAGAAUGGCCUGGGACCCUCUUAUUCCGAGGUGGUGGCCCCUGCUCAAACUCAGAUGACGUUCUCCGGUCUCAUGCCCACUGUGGAGUAUGUUGUGAGUGUCUAUGCGCUGGGCAAUGAUGGACAACCCUCCUCCCCUGUGGUGGAUAAUGCUAUCACUGCCAUGGACCGUCCCAAGGACUUGACCUUCUCUGAGAUAGACUCCAACUCCAUGCGCAUCACUUGGGAGAGUCCAGACGGCACGGUGACAUCAUACCGUGUCCUGUACUCCAGCUCAGAGGAGAGCGAGAGGGAGCUGCGUCCAGCACCCAGAGGUGACCAGGACACCGUGUUGCUGAGAAACCUUCUCCCCGGGACAGAGUACACUGUCAAAGUCAUCGCCCUGCAUGGUCGCACACCCAGCACACCAUUGGUGGGAACCCAGGCCACAGUGAUCCCUGCUCCAACCAACCUAGUGAUAACAGAGAUCGGUCCCUCCACCUUCACUGUAUCAUGGCGCGGGCCCAAUGCACGCCUCUUAGGCUACCGUGUGGUCGUCAACCCAAAGAACAUCAAUGGCCCCACCAAAGAGAUGAACGUUGCGCCCGACAGCACGCGUGUUGUUGUACCAGGCCUCAUGGUGGCCACCACAUACCAGAUACAUGUCUACGCCCUGAAGAACUCUGUCACCAGCAGACCGCUGGAGGGCGAGGCCACCACACAGGAAGAUGUCAGUCCUCCUCGACGUGUGCGUAUCUCUGAUGUGAAGGAUACUUCUUUCACACUGACAUGGCGCUCAAAGGGGGAAACCAUCACUGGUUACCUUGUUGAAGCAUCGCCCAAAAGUAGCCCCCACCCCACCAUCAGAAAGAACAUCCCAGGAGAUUCAACCGAUUACACUCUGACAGGUCUCCAGCCCGGCACCGACUACUCUGUUAACCUGUAUACUCUGAAUGGCAACACACGGAGUGACCCAACUAAUAUAGUCUUUAAAACAGCUGCACCGGUGGUCCAGGCUGCCACGGCCCUGCAGUUUACGUCUUUGACCCCCACCUCCAUCUCCUUCACAUGGCAGCCUCCUGCCACACAGAUCACAGGAUACUACGUCACCUACGAGGUGUCAGGAGGAGCACCACGAGAGCUCAUCCCAAGACCCCACCCGGGGCAGAACUACGCCACCAUUUCUGGCCUGAGACCAUCCACAGAAUACAUCAUUAAGAUCAUUGCCAUCCAGAACACACAGAGGAGUACACCUCUGGCUGGCAAAAUCAGGACUCAACCAGAGUCCUUGCUUCCCCUGCCUCUACCCCACCACCCAGGAGGUUAUGAUGACAGGCUGGAUGUGCCUGAACCUGAGUUUGACAACACAGUACAGGUAGUGGGCAACAAUGGCCAGGAUGGGAAUAGUGGUCAGAGCCAGACUGUGGAGUACACAGAGUACAACAACAACAACAACGGAGACAACAGAAAUAAUGGUAACGGUGGCUACCCACUGUCCCCCUAUGGGCAAGCUCGUGAGCCCCUGGUCUUUGUGCCCCUUCCUGAUGCAGAGGGCCGCAGACUGCCCAUACUGAAGCUCAAUGUGCCCAUCGGCACCACAUUUGGAAACGAGACCGGAGUUCCACAGGAAGCCCAAACUCAGACCACUCUUUCCUGGAAGCCUUACAAGCAGAGCAACGCCUACAUAGUGUCCUGCCAUCCCCUCACUCAUCUUAACGAGAAGAUGUUCCAGGUCCGCCUGCCAGGCACAGCCACCACUGCGACCCUGAUAGGAUUGUCCCCCGAAACCAACUACAAUGUGAUCGUGGAGGCUCUGAUGGGGGCGCUCAAACACAAGAUACUGGAGCAGGUCGUCACUGCUGGAAACACAAUCACAGAGGGAGUGCCCUCCGAUAAGGACUCCUGUUAUGAUGCCUUUACUUCAACCUACCAUGAUGUUGGCAGUGAAUGGGAGAGGAUGUCAGAGACAGGCUUCAAGCUGUGGUGCACCUGCCUGGGAAUGGGGAGCGGCCACUUCAGAUGUGAUUCAUCAAAGUGGUGCAAUGACAAUAACAACAACUAUCGCAUUGGAGAGAAGUGGGAUCGCCGCAACGAAAACGGUCAAUUAUUGAGCUGCACUUGCUUGGGAAAUGGCAAAGGAGAGUACAAGUGUGAACCACAUGAGUCGGUGUGCUACGAUGAUGGCAAAGCUUACCAGUUGGGAAACCAGUGGCAGAAGGAGUACCACGGGGCCAUCUGCACCUGCACAUGCUUUGGAGGACAGCAGGGCUGGAGAUGUGAUAACUGCCGCAGACCAGGUGGUGAUGUGGAUGCCAGUCCGCUGCAGCCUGUUAGAGUGGGCAACACAGUACGCCAAAUCCAUUGCCCCAUUGAGUGCAUCCAACCGGCCUUGCUGGCAGACGCACACGUUCCUCUGGAGUAAAGGACCGGACACUUGAUUGGAUCCCCAACCUUCCAUUCUCUGCACUGUCUCACAUUUUUAAAAGCCAUGCUGUCUGCGACUAAACUAACUGCCCAAUGAUUAGCCAAAGACUGCCCUGCUUCCUGAUCAGAGUGAUCCGCCUCUAAAGCCAUUCUCUUCACUGUUGAGUCUCUAAAGACUCGCCAUUUUCUUUUUGUAUUCCAUACUUCUGUCAGAUUUAUAUACUCUUCAAAUUGACAUGUUUUACAUUUUAAUAUUCAGAAACACUUCCUAAUCAAAGAGCAGAAAUAGUCUGAAAGUAAGCACUGUGUUAAAGAAUGUCAAUGUAGUUAUUAACAAUGUUUAAAUUGUCCAUGAAAAUGUGCUUUUUUUGUAGCCCUGCUGUUACGGAGGGCUCGCACUGUGUGUGAUUGACACAUUCUGAUUCCUAAUGUCUUUUUACUAAUGUUUCCUUUUAAUAUCAUCGUGUGAAUGUGUGGGAACUGCAAUGUGAGAACUCUUCUAUUUUUGUACUUUGUUGUCCGUGCCUACCUUUUGACAAAAAUAAGUCCCUUAUUUUAAUAAAGCUGGAGAGAUCCUGAAACCUAA